AUGGUAGAGUUGAGAAUUGUGGUUUGGGUAAUACUCAUUUUUAUGCAAAAGAGAACAAAGAAGUAUCCCGAUUGCUUUGGAGGGAGACCAGGAUUCGUUUUUCCGAUAAACUUCCUUAACCCUCGGCACAAGUUCGUCUAUGUGAUGGCUUGUGGUGCUCUUGCCUCAACGUGGUUUCAGAUUACUUUGAAUGAAUACAGCAUUGACUUUAAUGUGAACAAAUGGGGAGCCAGCUUUGUUAGCAUUUUCUUUAUCAUGUAUUUGCUUCUUGUUAAUAUUAUCGUGACAUUUCCACUCCUGGCCUGUGUUGAAGCACCUGUCCCUAUUGUUGGAUAUACUCUAGGGGCCAUAUACAGUGAUGUGUAUUUGGGAAUUGGAGUGUAUAACCUUGUGAUGAACCUACGUCAAGCAGAUGCAGAUGAUAUUGGAACUCCAAAAGUCUACUCUAAUUUACUGUAUAGUCAAUACGUGAUUGCAUAUGCUCCUGAAAUCUUUUGCAUUAUUGGUAUUGUGCUAUGGUAUCAUUACAAAAUCAUUAGAGAGACUGUGAGAAUUUGUAGAGCUGAUGGCAACUGGAAGGAAGUUGUCGUUCAACAACCUCAAUCUCAGUCUCAGAUCAAGUAUGUCAAACGAUUACUAUAUGAGAGGAAUCCAACUUUCUUUAAGAAACACAUUAAUACAAGGGUGAAGCUUCCAUUCUCAUUAUUGAUAGUAUGUAUUGUUGAUGCUGUCAUUAUCUUUCAGCUUGUUACAUUCACUGUUUUUCUAAUACCAUAUCUGUUUGACUAUUUAAAAGGAGAAGUAAAAUCAUGGAAUGAUGAGAUUCUAUUUUUGAAUGACAAUCAAAUAAAGAUCGCUAAUAGGGUCUUUGACAGUUUGACUUCUAUAUCAGUUCUUUCACCAAUUUUAGCUGUUGUCAUUUUGGUGGGGCAUUUCAUUCAUGUUAUAUACUCAGUCCAAGUUGAAUUGAAAGAAUUUAGAACUGGAGGGAAAAAACUCUUCAAAAAGAUAAAGUUUCCAUCAAUUACUUUGUCUUCUUCUGUAAGGUAUGCUGGAUAUCAAAUUGCUGCAGUAAUAACAGCUUGGUUUGUCUAUUAUUUCGUCAUCUUUGUGUUACUUUCUCUCGUGGCUGCAUUGAUAAUAUUCCCUUCACAGCUGGGAUACUACUACUACAAAUUUUUUGUCCUUGUUGCUUGGUUUGUGAUUUUAACAGUCUCCCAGAUUAUCAUUUGCAAGUUAUUAUUUGUAGCUAAAGAAAGCAGUUCAAUGAAGACAUUGAUCAUUACCAACAAGAGAAUGUUUUGCUUCUUUUCUUAUGUUAUGCUUUUGUAUAACAUUGCCACUGGACUUAUGACUGCUAUUUUGCGUGUCACUCUCUCUUUCUUGUCUAUGGUUAUCCUGCUGCCGCGAAUGGACCGCCUCCUGUUUUUAAAAGGUUUUGAAAGAUUUGAUUCAGGCUUUAAUAUGUAUAAAAGUUUUGUCCUGGUCGAGAAUUUGCUCAAAAACCCAGUCCUUCAAGUCUUUGUUAUGCUCCUGCAAUCAAACAAAAAGCUGAGCUCUGAGAACCAUGAUUUCUCUAUGAAGAUGAUGAGCGAAGGAGACAAUGAUUAUAUUUUGCCAUCAGCUGCUGCCAGGGUUUCUACUCGAGCCAGAAACCGCUGGUUUGUUGCUUACACGCUCAUUAAGAACCCAAAGCUAAGGAAGACCUGGGCAGGAGGUUAUACUGAUAAAUGUGAUGAUGAUAUUACUCAAAAAGUAGAUGUUGUAGAGUAUGAUGGAGUUUCCUUGCUACCUGAGGCUAUGAUUGAUUUACCUGAUGAGAAAAAGCUCCUGUCACCUUAUUCAGCUUCAGAAUGUUAACAAAUGUAAAGUCAAAUUGACUUCUUAGUCUGACUGCAUAUCUAUUAUCUAUUCUAAUUUGGUUUCAUUUUCCCCAUUUUAUUUUUAUAAUAAUUACUCACAUUGUGCAAAUCAUGUUGUAAAAAUUACACAGCAAAAAA